CUCGGUGUUCACGAGCCUGCACAGCACCCAUCCGCCACCGCUAUCCGCCCAAUUUCUUUUUAAUUGAACCCCUUUUACUCCCGCUCGGCAUUGCUGCAGGACUAGGAUGACUGGGAAGACCCAGACCAGCAACGUGACCAACAAGAAUGACCCGCGCUCACUCAACUCCCGCUGCUUUAUCGGCAACCUGAACACGGCCGUAGUGACCAAGGGCGACAUCGAGGCCAUCUUCGCCAAAUACGGCAAGAUCGUGGGCUGCUCCGUGCACAAGGGCUACGCCUUCGUCCAGUACGCCAGCGAGAGGAACGCCAGGGCGGCCGUAACCGGGGAGAACUCCAGGGUCAUCGCAGGACAAUCACUAGAUAUCAACAUGGCAGGAGAGCCCAAACCGUACAGGCCUAAGAUGGCCUCCAAGAGGCCUCUCUCGUCCCUCUACAGCGGCUACGAGUUUGACUAUGACUACUACAGAGACGAUUUCUACAGCAGACUCUUUGAGUACCACGGUCGUGUCGUGCCCCCGACCCGUGCAGUGAUCCCCAUCAAACGUUCGCGGCUAGUCAUCCAGUCCAAACGCAGAGCCAAAUCCUCUUUUCCAGUCAGGGCCUGUUCUCCCUCCUCCUCCUCCUCUUCCUCCUCCCGAGCACUCAAUGUCGGCUCUUCCAUCACAGUCCCUAAGCUGAAGACAGACCAGCUCCUAACAAUCAAGAAGGAGCUGUCACAGAUCAAGAACAAGAUCGACUCUCUGCUGGGCCGGCUGGAGAAGAUUGAGAGGCAACAUCGCUCUGACGGCGACAUGCAGAGGAACCAGGAGGAGGUUUGUGAGCGUCUCCAUGGUGACGCAGCAGACCACUCGAGUGCGGAGGAGGCGGCCGAGGUGGAGGCGGGGGAAAUGACGGAUGGCGGUGAAGACGACUUUGAAGAUGAAGGAACCGGGGAUAUGAUUGAGAACCACAUAUCAGACAUUGACAACUGAGAAAGCCAGGGGAAAAAGGAAGCGUAUAGUUGAGGAAGCUGGGAGAAGAGAUACCAGCAAAACCUUCUUGAUCAAGAAGGUGCAUUUGAAAUUAAAGGAAAGCAAUGACGGGAGUGACUGACAGCAGAGGAAGAGUUUUUCAAACUAGUUUUUUUGCUUAUUUGCCUCAUUAUAACAUGACACUCCUGAUGUGUACUUCAUCAAAAUGCUGGUAGUGAAUAUCCUCCAGAAUACUGCGAGAUCAACCGCAAAGAGCAAUCAAUAAUUUACAUUCAAGCUGAUUGCAUAUCUGAAAAAAUACGGACAAUAUAUUGUGUGCUUACUAUAUUUUGGUCUGUAUUGUGCAUAAAAUACAGUGUUCAAUGAGAUGAACCAUGAAAUGCCCUCUUUUGUUGUUAAAUUGAAUGUAGGAAAAACACUUGAUAAUUAUGUGAUUUUGCUUAAUUUGUACAUUUUGCUGAAAUGUACACGUAUGUAAUUUAUUCACAAUGUCUCCACACAGUGUUGUGUAUGCAUAUCAUGUUUGCCGUUUGUUACACAUGAUGAAAUGCAUUUUAAAUUGAUUUCUGUACAUUCUGUAUUUUUUACUGUCUGCAUGUUUUAAAUGUGGCUAUUAUGGAUUAUUUGUAUUCAUUGCAUCUGUUGUACAGCUAUGGAUUAUAGACGUUUUUGAAAUAAACCCGUUCCUCUCAACAAAAAGAAAAAAAACAGCCGGCCUGAGUGUUGUGGCUUCAAUCGUGAAGGAAAAAACGUACACUGUGAGGGUUUUAUGCUCAGUACAAAAAAGUUAUUUUCACUUCAUGGCUUGCAGAACAACUUCAAGAAUCUUUUAUUAACAGUGUAUGACAUGAGAAGCACUCAAAAGUUUAUACCAGCCUCCAAAUAUAUUUAUCCUCAUUAGCAACAUGGCUGUUGGUCCAUCUGUUUGUCUGUAAAGUGUCACCACUUUAGUUUCAAUUAAAAUAUAGAUACUGAUGGUUUGAGGUUUGUCGUGAACAUUUGUUUAGAUAUUUAUGUUCCCGAAAAGAUUAAUCCUGCUGACUUUGUCGAUCCUUUGACUCUUCCUCAGCAAAAUCAUGAAUUUGACUUCUGUAUUUGAUGAAAAUGUUUUAGGAAAUCUGAUUUGAUUACUAUGAAAUUCUGUUGGGUGAUAUAAAUAUAGCUUGUAGAUUGAAGGAAUUUAAUUGGCAACUAUUCUUUUCAUCAGUCAUUUCAUGGCAACUGGUUUUUAUAUGUGAUGCUUUGAUGCUUUUACCAUGUCAUUAUUUUCACAAUUUUAUUAAACAAGCAUUGUGAACAGAG